AUGGUAGCCAAUGUUGCAUCUUUUCAAGGAGUGGCUGUUCGCAGCCUCAGCACAUCCUCCCCUCAUGAACACCCAGAACACGGAAGAUUAGUUUAUAAAGGAAAUUUGGCAAAGGCAGUGUUAGGUGUGAGGUUUUUCUCUUACUCCACCAGCAUAUUCAACCUGUUCAUGAUGCCCUACAUCAUUCUCAAAACUGGUAUUGGAUUUGAAAGCCUGUUUAUACAAGCUGCCUUUUAUGGGUUGAUUGGGUUUUUUACAUUUGUAACGCCGGUUACUUUGCAUGUCCUUACAAAAGGCUAUGUGAUUCGACUCUAUUAUAAAGAUGAAAUGGACACAUAUACAGCCAUUACAUACAAUGCGAUCUUGACAGAAAAAGCGACUGUCUUCCAUCAGAAAGAUGUAAAGAUUCCAGACAUCACCAAGAUGUUUACAACAUUUUACGCUAAAACGAAAUCGAUGCUUGUUAAUCCGACGCUUUUCCCGAAUCCUCAGGAUUAUAACCAUCUCAUGGGCUACGACAAAUCCUUUUAUUUUAACUUAGAGGAGGAGAAGGAAGCUGAUGAAAGGAAAUAAUUUGAAGAUAAUGAAUGUCACUAUCAUUGUUCGUGGUGCAGUGCUAUAUAUGUGAAAGAAUGUAAAAUUCUAUUACAUUUUCUUAAGUAUCAGGUAGCUAGAGUUCCCCAAAUGCAUUUUGGAAUGUAUUAAAAAUACCCAUUUUUCUAAACUUGUAAACAAUGUGAGGGUUUCUUCGGAGUUAAUGACACAAAACACAGUAAAAAAAAAUAUGCU